CAACUAGGUGCGUACUUUGUUGUAAAUUCGCAUCCCUUACAUAUGGUUUCGAAAAUAUGAUACUUUUAGAAUUAUGCGACGUUAAGAGAGUUCACAACCUAAGGGAGGCACGAAAAUAACUCUAAGAAUGUUAAAAUGUUGCGGAUUAAAUUUCAUAUAGGAUAUUCUUGUCGUUAUCACAUAGGCACACACUGAUUCAUGCAUUUUGCUGUGUUUUUACAUUUGUAACAAUAGUAACACUGUUCCUUUCGUUGACUUUUAUUAUGAGGUCUGCCGCGGUUCACUCUAUAUCUGCGUGUUGAGGCGUUCUUUCGUUUUCGUGCGAUUUUUUAUCGAUUACCGAUGUAUUACCUUGUGAAAUUUGUGGAAGAUGGUGUGUAUUAUAUAUGUAACAAACGGCAAGUGAGGAAUACUAAAAAAAAGGGACUUUUAUCAGUGCGAUGGGCCGAUGGAUGGUUCUACGACGCCAAAAUUAAGCUAGAAAAUGAAACGGAGGAAGUAUUGCUUCAAUUAUGUAAAGAUUUGAAUUUAAACGUGUCUCCAGUGCCAAAGCAAUUAACACUGGAUAGACACUUGUGUGUAAAUUUACAAAAAUUGACAGAUACUGAUUUUGAAUUCGAAAGGAUACCACCUCCCCACAUCGGGAACAAGUACGAUACCGAUGAUGACCUUGAAAUCUUAUCACCACCCCCCGAAGACCAUGCUACCGAAGAUGAAUUCGAAAGGAUACCACCUCCCCACAUCGGGAACAAGUACGAUACCGAUGAUGACCUUGAAAUCUUAUCACCACCCCCCGAAGACCAUGCUACCGAAGAUGAAUUUGAAAUAUCAUCUCCUCGCAUCGGCAACAGCUACCGUACCGAACAUGACCUUGAAAUCGUAUCACCACCCUCCAAAGACACUGCUACCGAAGAUGAAUUUGAAAUGAUAUCAUCUCCUCGCAUCGACAACAGCUACCGUACCGAACAUGACCUUGAAAUCGUAUCACCACCCUCCAAAGACACUGCUACCGAAGAUGAAUUUGAAAUGAUAUCAUCUCCUCGCAUCGGCAACAGCUACCGUACCGAACAUGACCUUGAAAUCGUAUCACCACCCUCCAAAGACACUGCUACCGAAGAUGAAUUUGAAAUGAUAUCAUCUCCUCGCAUCGACAACAGCUACCGUACCGAACAUGACCUUGAAAUCUUAUCACCACCCCCCGAAGACCAUGCUACCGAAGAUGAAUUUGAAAUAUCAUCUCCUCGCAUCGGCAACAGCUACCGUACCGAACAUGACCUUGAAAUCGUAUCACCACCCUCCAAAGACACUGCUACCGAAGAUGAAUUUGAAAUGAUAUCAUCUCCUCGCAUCGGCAACAGCUACCGUACCGAACAUGCUUUCAAGAAGUCUGAUUCGUUUAUUGGAAAUCCUUCUACAAUACGUAGUGUGAUUGCUACUGGCUCUGUAGUUAAUUUCCAUCGUCGCAGAGUUAUACUUCCUCAACCCCCACAAAGUUUGUAUGAGACACCACCACCACUUUAUGAUGUAGGAAUUGCUGGAAGUCGAAGUAGUAGAAAAUACUUUUGUGUAUAUUGCAAGAAAAUAUCUUCAAAUCUACCUCAACAUUUCAAAUCGUGUCACAGCGACGAAGUAGCUGUUCAACAAUUUUUGGCUCUCCCUCCAGGGAGUAAACACAGAAAAAAAAUAAUUGAGACUAUUCGACGCCAGGGAGACUAUGAACAUAAUAAGUCCCAGGAAAAUAACAGUGGAAGAUACUUAGUAGCAAGACGUAAUGCCACUAGUAGCAUAUCUAGUAAACUUGUUACAACAUGCCCAGAGUGCAAAGGCCAAUUCUUAAAAAAAAAUUUACGUCGUCAUUAUAAAAGGUGCGCAGAAACUAUAAAACCAGGUGAUCGAUCUACUAUGACCAAAAGUAGAGCAUUGGAUCGACAAAUCCAUUCUGCAGCGUGCCAUAAUCUAACCACUCGAAUAUUUCCUGUUCUAAGAGAUGAUGAUUGUGUUAAAGUUAUCCAAUUUGAUUCUUUAGCUAUAACUAUUGCCAAUCGUUUAUGCCGUUUAUAUCCUGACCCACAUUUUGAUGACAUGAUCAGAGCAAAACUACGAUUAAUGGGGAGAUUACUUCUCCAAGCAAAGGCGCUAGAUUCAACUGUAAAGGAUUUCUCCUCGCUUAUUACACCAAUCCGUUAUGAGUUGGUGAUUGUAACCAUAAAUAAAGUGAGUGGUUUAAAUGAAUCUGGUACUGUUUACCGUGCUCCUUCAACUGCUACGAUGGCAAAUACAUUGUUUAAGGUUGCAACAGAUAUAUGGCGCGUAGAAUGCAUUAAAUCAAAAAAUACUGCAGCGAAAAUUGAUGCAGAAGAUUUCCUACUAUUAAUGAAGAUGGACAAUGCUUCUGUUAUUAAUAAAAUUGCAAUUGAAAAUCGCGUACAAGACCAAAGGCACAAAGUAGUAAAAUUACCAGAUAAAUCAGAUGUUAAAAUGUUGGUUGCUCACGUAAGACGAAUUCGUAGGGAGAUGUAUUCACUCUUGAAAAAUUACAAAGGAAAUUCUUUUCCUUACGAGACAUGGCAUUCUUUAGCUAGUUCUACUUUGAUUUCUUUGUUGGUAUUUAACCGUCGUAGACCUGGUGAGUUAGAAAGACUUACACUGUCUGAUUAUCACAGUAGAAGUAAAAUUGAUAAUACUUCAAAUUUGUCAUUACUUGAUCAGCAAGAUCGUCAAGCAGCAGAAACAUAUUCUCGGUUUGAGAUUCGGGGAAAGUUAAAUCGUUCUGUACCAGUAUUAGUGCAUUGGGAGCUGGAAUUAUGUUUAAAUUUGAUCCUAAAGUACCGAAGUGAUGCUGGUAUUCAUGUUGACAACCCCUAUCUAUUUGGGCUUCCACAAGUAGAUCAUAGACAUCGAUAUUUGAGGGCGUAUGUUAUAAUGAGAAUCUAUGCAUCCCAAUCUGGUGCCAAACAACCCCACCUCCUCCGUGCCACAGUGUUGAGGAAACAAAUUGCGACUGAAUGCGCAGUUAUGGAUUUAAGUGAAAAUACUAUAAAAGACGUGGCAAUGUUUAUGGGGCACGCGGAAGAUAUCCACAACAAAAUUUACCGACUACCGGUACAAACGAGGGAUAUUGUGCGCAUGUCGCGCGUUUUAGAAGCCGUUCAAGGCGAUACAGGCACUGAUUCAGAAGAUGAAAAUGAUUCUGUCGGAGUAAACGAAUGCGAUGAUUUGGACCAUAUUUUUAUGAAUGAUGUUCCAGCAUCAAAAGGUGAAGAGAUGAAUGUAAAGAAAGUAGUAAAGACAGUGAAGGCCAAUAAUAGGAAAGAAAACAAAGAUCAUGAUGAAAUGUUGAAUAAUGAAUUGAUGAAUGAUGAAUAUACGCCUCCUCACAAUAAAUCAACGCAUCAAAAGCAUAUGGCUGGUUUACGUAGAUAUUCUGGUCCUAAGCGUGUUUGGACAGAAGCUGAAAUUCAGGAAGUACACGAAUUGUUUCAAGAUUGCAUUAAUGAAAACAAAUUACCUUCACCAACACGAAUAAUGUGUGCAGUACAAAGUAAUACAUUAUUGAAACAAAGAUCCCCACAGGCAAUCAGAUUGUGGAUCCAAAAUAAAAUUUCAAACAAAAAAAAGGCUAUGGUAAAUGAAGUGUUGGAACACAAAGUUACUCCUCAUCAUUCGAAGACAAGAUGGACUACAGAAUUAAAAGCAGCAUUGUUAAACUCUUUCAAGAGCCACAUUGAAUGCCAAAAGUUGCCAUCGUAUCCUGAAAUACGGAUAGCCAUGACAAAAUAUCCAGUGCUGAAGGAAAAACAAUUGGCAGCAAUUAAAACAGCCGUACAAAAUGAAAUUAACCGUCGAAAGAGAAUGAAUUUAUUUAAUGAUCGAGUACAACAUGCACAACGGAAGUUGUAAUUAUUUAUUGAUAAAGAUGACGGGCCUGGGAAACAUUUUAUUUUUUUUGCACUACAUUUACAUUAUAUUUUUUUAAGGUAUAUUUUGUUUUUAUGUAUAAUAUGUAAGUUAUAAAUGUGGAAGUCCAGAUUAAGUACAUUAUUUCCACUGUCCAUUUGUAAUUAUGUGUAUUCAUGAUGUGGACCGGUUAUUUCUGAAAAUAUACAUACAAAUUUAAAUUAUGUCGAUUAUGCAUUUAACCCUUUAACAUUCAUGCUGAGUAAAACACAGCACAUCUACACA